AUGGACUUGUUUAUGAAAAGACCCGAAACUGCCAUUGCAAGAAACAAAAAGGAGAAAUUGAGGCAACAGAAUAUCAAGGAAGCAUGUAAUAAGGAAGCGGUUCGUAGAGUUCAUCGAUACAUAGCCCGAUGGUUCUACCAAGUUGGGAUUCCAUUGAAUCCAGUGAGGUUGAAGAGUUUUCAAGAAAUGUUGUGGGCUGUUGGAAGCUUUGGUCCUAAUUUACCUGCUCUCACUUAUCAUGCUCUAAGGGUGCCACUCCUUAAUGAGGAAUUAGAAUACACCAAAGACUUGUUGAAGGGUCAUAAGGAACAAUGGGAAAAGUAUGGUUGCUCUAUUAUGUCAGAUACUUGGACGGAUAAGAGACAACGGAGCAUUAUCAAUUUUCUUGUAAACUCUCCUACUGGGACAAUGUUUUUGAAGUCUAUUGAUGCCUCUGAUUAUGUGAAGACGGGUGAAAAAAAUUUUGAGCUUCUUGAUGGUAUUGUUGAGAAAAUUGGGGAGCAAAAUGUUGUUCAAGUUAUAACUGACAACGGGAGCAACUAUGUUCUAGCCGGUAAGUUGCUGAUGGAGAAAAUACCGAAUUUAUUUUGGAUCCCGUGUGCUGCCCAUUGUUUGGAUUUGAUGCUUGAAGACAUUGGGAAGUUACCGUUAAUCCAAAAAACCAUAAAAAGUGCCAUUUCUUUGGUUAGCUUCACUUAUAGCCACUCUAGCACUUUAUCCAUGUUGAGACAAUUCACAAAUGGCAAGGAAUUGGUGAGGCAUGAAGUCACCCGAUUUGCCACUUCAUUUCUCUCUUUGGAAAGGCUUUAUGAUGAGAAAGAAAAUCUAAGAAGAAUGUUCACUUCGGAUGAGUAG